AUUUGCCAUCUAUAUUAGUUUGAUGAAAAAGUCAUAUUCUGUUUUGCUGUGAAAGUUUUACCAUUUAAAUUGAACUUCUUCAAAUACGAACCCUCAAUACUAAGAAAAGAUGCAGCAAACUCAAGGAUAUAUAAAUCAGCCCAUGAACGUUCCAUUAAUAAUACAACCUCCGCAAGAACAUCUUGGACAGAAAUAUGCUAAAAUUUACUUUGGCCUUGGGGUUACUCAACUAGUGAUGGGUGUAUUGAGCCUUGGUAUAGCAAUCACAGCUCUGUGUUUAGGAUCAAAUUACUACUCCAACUAUUACUUCGACACUGGUGCUGGUAUAUGGUGCGGAGUCUUCUUCCUGGUUUGUGGAAUUCUUGGAUGUAUCUCGGGUCAAAAGCCUGGAAAAUGUAUUAUUGUUGCUUCAAUGGUAAUGACAAUCAUUAGCGCCGUUAUAGCAACAACCAUGUUGUCUCUUGAAACGGCAUCAGCACUGUUGGUGGAUCCUUACGGUUACUAUUAUGGGUCAUCAUGGGCUUUAAUUGCUCUUCAUUCCUCCAAUGUAUUGGUUGCUUUCAUUGAAUUGGUGAUUUGUAUCAUCCACUCUGCAUACUGCUGUGCUGCUGUGUGCUGUUGCAAAAAACCUCAGAAUGUCCCAACUGCUACAAGUGUGAUGUCCACACAAUAUAACCAGAUGCCAACAACAUAUAUUGGUGGGCAAGGACAAACAACUGUUUAUUCUUAUCAGUAUGCUGUAGGUGGAACAGGUUACCCUGCUGUCCAAACAAACAUAGCAACACAAUCAACGAUUCCUCCAGUUGGACAACAAGCAAUGCAACAAGAACCUCCUGUUACACAACAACAUAGGUAUCCCCCACCAGCAUACCAGGCAACUGAACAAAAAGCUGUCAAUCAGUAACUCGAUGAGCAGCAAGAUUUUCAUGUUUAUAAUUUGACUUUUGCUUACUUAUUUUACUUUAAUACAGUUUAUUAAUUCAUAUCUGCCAAAAUUACACUUUUCUAAAUUCAGCAUACACAAAUGUAUUGGAUAUUCUGUAAUUUAAAGUUCUGUAUUGUACAUUUUUGAUUAUUAUUGAUCUAUCCAUCUAUAUGCGCCCAUAUUACUUUAGUGUUGGUAUUUCUUCAUAUCUGUUCAAGUCAUGGUUGCAUGGUAUUGGUAUUAAUGAUUUAUUUUGAAAAAUACCAAAUUUAGUUGAUUCACUCUAUUAGGGAAUUAUAAUAUAAAAUUUAAACUUUAGGUCUCGAGUGUUUAGGAAUGACACUCAUACAUUUCUACAUUUUUUAUAUAUUUCUAAUAUUUUUUUAAUCUUCAAGCUUUUUCAAUGAUUUGAUCUAGAACUUUUCAUUUAUUUGUUUUAUUUGAGUGUUUCACUGGAUUGUUAUAAUAUGAAGAUUUUUUACAUUAAUCUUUCAGUUUCAUUUUGUUUAUGAAAAUAUUAGUAAUUAUGUGAAUAAAUUGUUGCCAAAAA